AUGCAUCCCGACGUAGAGCGUGAACUCACACACACGCUCCUAAUUGAAUUGUUAGCACAUCAAUUUACAUUCCCCGUGAAAUGGAUUGAUACGCAAGAUGUCAUCUUGGGCCAAUUCGGCACCGAGCGCAUCGUGGAGGUGGGGCCAUCCAAUGUCCUCACUAAUAUGAUGAAGAGAACGUGGAGCGCAGAUUUCAAAGAGCAGGACGAAUCACAAGGCGUUCAACGGCGUAUUCUUGGACCACAAAGUGAUCAAGACGAAAUCUAUUACCGCGAGCUACCGGAGGAAAGUAUAGAUGAACACCCAUCGCUAGCCGAUAUCCAGGCCAGAUUACCAACAGGAUCAGUAAAGCCAGACGCGCAGCCAGUGCCGAUACCAACGAGUACAGAAAGUGCAAAACAGCCGCUAGAAUCUGUGAAAGAUGUUGAAACGCCGACUUCAGCCAUUGUACUUGCCAUUGUCGCAGGAAAGUUGAAGAAGGGUAGUCAAGAAAUUCCGUUAAGCGCUUCGAUAAGUAGUCUUGCGGCAGGCCGCUCAACUCUUACGAACGAAAUUGUGGGAGAUCUACAUGCCGAGUUCAAGGGCAAGCUACCUGAGCGACCCGAAGAGUUAUCUCUAGAGGAACUCUGCCGUUUGCUGAGCGUCAACCACACCGGGAGACUCGGUAAACAGACGGAGUCGAUGGUAAGCAGACUUAUCUCUGCCAAGUUUCCGCCUGAAUUCGCACAAUCCACUAUUCGCCAGACUCUAAAACACCAGUGGGGCCUUGGUCCUAUGAGGCAGGAUUCUGUCUUACUAUUAAUGGUAUCUGAUCCGCCAGAUGCACGUCUUUCAACUGAGGAGGCCCACCAACGUCUCACAAGCUGGGUGACUAGCUAUUUCCAAAAAGAAGGAAUCUCGAUGUCAAAGGCCGAGCCAGCAAACGAUCAAGCUGUCAUGAUUGAUUCGAAAGCAAUGCAAAUGAUUACAGAAAAGUCAUCGGCGCUUAUCAAAGAUAUUCGAGACGUACUAGACUCUCAUGUUCAAGACACGUCUCUUGCGAGCCUUGAUUCAGAUAGCCGAAGCCAAGCAGCCAAUGAAGCCAUUGAAAAGUUGGAUGUUUGGGUAUCUGAGCAUGGUGAAGUGUAUGGCGAAGGCAUCUUACCAAAGUUUGAUGUUAACAAGGAGCGCACAUAUGACUCUUUCUGGAACUGGAACACCCAAGAUAUUACGCUUCUGGCGCAACUGCUGGGCACUCAACAUUCAGAAAGCCAAUCGACCCUGAUCGAGGAUCUGUCAUUCCAUGUCAUCAACAGAGCUUGCAACCGUUCCAUCUCGCAGAUUAAAUAUCUGAUGUCAACAGCCAACAGAGCGGUAAAAGAAGGAGCAACAUUAUACAAGUCGCUACACUUUCUUCUUGAAGCCUGUACCAUGUCAAAGAACCGUAAUUCCGUCUUCAUCGACAGAUCUGUGAGCAUGAUACCUCUCACUAUGGUUGACGAUCUUGGAAAGGUUCUAUUCCGAGAGAUACCGCGAAUCUCCAUCGAUUCGAAAGGGAUGAAACCGCCUUCGAUAUCCUACACCGUGAGCCAGUUCAGCAAUGGCGUUGCCAAUUUCUCGGAGGAACUCAGCUCUGCCUUCGCUUCUGACCUUCAGUCUAUCAGGCGAACAGGCUUUUCUUUCAGGGGAAAGAACGUUCUACUCAAUGGAGCCGGGAGGAGGUCGAUAGGGUUCCACAUACUCCGCUCCUUACUUGAAGGCGGAGCCAGGAUAACAUUGACGACAAGCAGCUAUUCUCCAGAAACCACCCAGAUGUACCAAGAUCUAUAUAGGAGAUACGGCUCACGGCAUUCACUCCUUCGGGUGCUUCCAUUCAACCAAGGAAGUCAGCGUGACGUCAAGAGUCUGGUCGAGUAUCUGGAGUCCGAUCCAGAUUGGGAUCUCGAUUAUAUUGUACCAUUUGCGGCCAUCUCUGAGAAUGGCCGUAGCGUUGAGGACAUUGACUCAAAGUCGGAGCUUGCGCACCGCCUCAUGCUCACCAACCUCGUUCGACUCCUAGGAGCUAUCGCUAGGAGCAAGAAGAACAGGAAUAUCAGAACGCGCCCUGCCACUGUCAUCCUUCCGCUAUCUCCAAAUCAUGGACUGAUGGGAGGCGACGGGCUUUAUUCAGAGUCAAAGAGAUCACUCGAGAUUCUCAUGGCUAAGUGGUCUUCUGAAGCAUGGUCGCAGUAUCUCGCCCUUUUUGGCGUCGUCAUUGGCUGGACAAGAGGUACCGGGCUCAUGGACGACAACGACGUGGUCGCCCAGGCGGUCGAAGCGUUGGGUGUUCGGACAUUUGCUGGCGACGAAAUGGCAAGCAACAUUGUGUGUCUUAUGGGUGGUCGUCUUAAUGCCGAAUGCCAGUCCAUUCCAUUGUUUGUCGAUCUAGGCGGAGGUCUCAAUUCGGUCAAGGGCUUUAAAGAUCGACUUGCAGCCAUCCGCCGAGACUUGUCUGCAUAUACUCAUACUAAGAAAGCGAUCUACGAAGAUAUGGCAAUGGAGGCUUCUCUUAUUGCUGGCCCUGAAGUUAAGAGCAAGGCUGCUAAAUUGGAACGGACUAUAGACAUCAAAAGCAACAUGCGAAUUCCUUUCCCGGCCCUACCUGAUUACGACAAUGAGCUCGCUCAUUUGUCAACGGGCUUGAAGGAGAUGAUUGAUCUGAGUCGUACUGUUGUCGUCACUGGCUUCGCUGAGCUCGGCCCUCACGGCAACAGUCGGACUAGAUGGGAAAUGGAGUCGGAUGGUUCAUUGUCACUCGAGGGCUGUAUUGAGAUGGCCUGGAUAAUGGGUCUGAUAAAACAUCAAACAGCUAACCCAAUGGACGAUGACGGUGUGGUUGGAUGGGUCGACGCUGCUACACAAAAACCCGUCAAGGACAGCGAAAUCCCUGCCCAAUAUCUGUCUCGGAUACUGGAACAUAGCGGUAUCCGCACAAUCGAGCCUGAAAUCUGCGAUAAUGGAUACGAUCCUGAUUUCAAGGAGUCCUUGCAAGAGUUGGUCCUCAAGCGUGAUUUACCACCUUUUGAAACAUCGGCCGAGUCAGCAGAAGAUCUACGACGCAAACAUGGCGACAAGGCAGUGGUAUCCACCGAUAAUACUGGGACGUACCACGUGCAACUGAAGGCUGGCGCUACUCUCAUGGUUCCACGGACAUCCCGUUUCAAUCGGACGGUUGCUGGUCAGAUCCCCACUGGCUGGUCGCCCAAGAAAUAUGGCAUCUCUGACGACAUCAUCCAUCAAGUAGACCCGGUAACGCUGUUCUCUCUCGUUUGCACCGUUGAGGCAUUCUUAUCAUCUGGUAUCUUGGAUCCUUACGAGCUCUACCAGCACAUUCAUGUCUCGGAGGUCGGAAACUGCAUUGGCUCUAGCAUGGGUGGACUUUCUUCACUCAGAAGCAUGCAUCGAGACAGAUUCAUCGACAAGCAGGUCAAGAGCGAUGUACUCCAAGAAACCUUCAUUAACACAACGGGUGCUUGGAUCAACAUGCUUUUGACUUCAUCAUCAGGCCCAAUUAGGACACCUGUUGGGGCCUGUGCCACCUCACUUGAGUCCCUGGAUACGGCAUAUGAUCUCAUCGUGGCACAGAAAGCUAAAGUGUGCAUAGUUGGUGGUGUCGAGGAUUUUGUAGAAGAUGUGUCGUAUGAAUUCGGUAGCAUGAAAGCCACCUGCAAUACCGAUGCCGAGUUCGCCGCUGGGCGUAGCGCACCAGAGAUGUCAAGGCCGAUGGCAUCUAGCAGAAGCGGAUUUGUCGAGUCUCAAGGAUGUGGCGUGCAAAUUGUCACCUCGGCAGAGCUGGCUCUCAAGAUGGGCCUGCCGAUAUACGGUGUCGUGGCUCAUACAAGUAUGUCGGCCGAUAAGGCAAGCCGUUCUGUACCAGCGCCAGGCAAGGGCGUGUUGACUAACGCACGCGAGCGACACAGUACAGUAAAGGAGCUCCCCCGACCACUAUUGGACCUCAAGCUCGACCUCAAGUACCGGCGAAAGCAGCUCGACCAACGACGAAACCAGAUAGCUUCAUGGCGCGAAGAAAGCAUUGCAUUCAUGGAAGCAGAAAUCGACAUGUUUUCACAUCUCAGCGAAGAGGAGCGACUUCAAUACCGUCGGCAAAACACCAUUGACAUAGAAAACGAAGCACUCAAACAGCAGGCAGAUGCUAGAUUUAACAUCAAUCACCAAUUCUGGCAGAAAGAUGAAGCACAACGUAUAUCCCCUAUCCGAGGCUCCUUGGCAACAUGGGGCCUUGGUAUCGAUGAUAUCUCCGUCGCGUCGCUUCACGGAACCUCUACAGUUCUCAAUGAUUUGAACGAGACGCUCGUCAUUGAACAACAGAUGAGACAUCUGGGCCGCAAAGAAGGAAACCUGUUACCUUGUGUCAGCCAAAAAUGGCUGACUGGCCAUUCCAAGGGUGCCGCGGGCGCGUGGAUGUUGAAUGGUUGCCUGCAGAUGAUGGACUCUGGCCUAGUCACGGGAAACAGAAACGCCGACAACAUUGACAUCAAAUUACGUGAACGAGGCUAUUUGUACUUCCCCAAUGUCACGUUAGAGCCCGACAAGGUGGAUGGCAUCAAGGCAUGCUCAAUCACCUCGUUCGGCUUCGGCCAAAAGGGUUGCCAGGCGCUUAUGGUCCACCCUCGCUAUCUCCUCUCCACGAUUUCGAAGGAGGCCUUCGAACAGUAUGCGAGGAAAAGGCAGAAGAGAUGGCAGCUGGCUUGCUCUUCGUUCUCAGACGCCAUGGUCAAUGAAAACAUGGUUUCAAGAUGCAUCAAAGAUCAGGCACCGUACGAGUCAAGUGAAGAGAUGGCUGCGCUACUUGAUCCGUUGAUGAGAUUCAACGACUAGUGAAUUGGGUGUUGAAAAGGGACAAAUUGUUUUGAGAAACUUCCUUUUAAAUUUCAAUAUGGCUGUGUAAAACAUGCUAAGGAGUUGUAGGUCAGUUUAACUACUUCAUUAUAUCAGCGACAUAAAUAGAAUUUCAAAUUGUAAAAGAUUUUGCUUCCG